AUGACGGAUAAAAAGUUUCCUGUAGGAAGUGUCCAUUUGAGAGCCGUAAGCGCGCAACAGCUGAUUCGUGGCAAACCAGGUAGACACAAAUUGGAAGUUAUCGCACAGAUAUUUGAAGAUUUUCCGCACCGUAAAUUCAUUUUGGUGGGUGACUCUGGCGAAAUCGAUCCAGAAAUUUACGAGCAAAUUUACAUACAAUAUCCACAACAGGUUAUUAAAAUAUUUAUUCAUGAUGUCACAUCACUACGUGCGAGAAAUGCGGAUCGAUUACAACAAGAGAAGCCUGAUUCUUACUAUCGAAUGAUUGUCAAAUUCUUAUCCAAGGAAGCGCAAUUAUAUAGGAAGAACAGUAAUAGCUCGCAACUUGCAAUGGACGCAAUGGCUCAAACAGAAGUUCCUGAAGAACAGCAGGAAAUUACAGAUCCGAAUAUUCCUGUGAAGACAAAAUUGGAGCAGUUUGAAGAACGUAUGGUGAGGAUUGCUAGCAAUAUGAGAGAGGGCGUUUUUACCGUAUUCACGUUAGCAUCACAGUUGAUAACAGACCCGGUGGUAGCAGAGGAAUUUUUGAUGGCGAAGACGAAAACACAACUAGAAUUAUAA